UUUACCUUUUUUUCAUUAACAGUUAAUACGCCGUUAAGGUGACAACAAUUAAAGUCUGUUGUUAACUGUUGAUGAAACAAUUAGACACCUUCCAAUAUUUCCAGUGUCAAUCAAGGGAAACAAUCAACAAUUAACUUUGAAUUUGAUUCGAUUAUUAUCUUGAUCAGUUUUCUCCUUGUGUGUAAUUUUGGGUUCAACAAUUAGUUCAACUAAUUUAACACAAUCACUCCCAAUAUCUUAAUUAAUUACAAUCAAUCCCUCCCCCGUCUCUCGAUUACUAGUUAAUCAUCAUCAUUAUUAUUAUUUUUACUGAUAAUCAAAUCUAAUCAAAAUUUAGUUCAAUUAAUCCUCAAUCAAUGAUGAUCUGUUUUCGCUUCGUUUCCGCCAUUGGACUUUUAUUGUCCAUAGUUAAUUGUGUUAAUUGUGCUUCGGUACUUCUUGAUUCUGAUUUAGCUGAACCCUUAAUGGUAAAUGGUGAAAAUAUUGAAGAAUCAUCUUCACCAAUUGCCACUGAUUGGAAAAGGAUUGCCGAUUGUUUCAAGAAUAAACUUGGACCUAAAUCGGAUCGAGAAACGGAGGUUCGAUGUGCCGGUCGGGAAAUGGUUGCCGUUUUUGCGACAAUGAGAUCAUCUUCUUGUAAAAAUUGUCACUUGUACUUUCACUGUUUGGCUAAUUACAAUGCUAUCAAUAAGUGCGGUCAAGCGGCUCGGGCUAAAACGGCCGCUGAAGCGGUUGGACUUUGUCACGAUUUCGAUGAGGAAAGAGAUGAGUUCGAGGCCAGUAAAUUUGGACGAGAAAGUGGCGAUUGUGCCUCAAGGUAUUUGUGCUCUGCUAAUUGUAAUUACAGUCCACUAACUGGUACCUGUUCAAGAGUUAAUUGUCGUAAAUGAUCAAUCAGGGGAGAGAGAGAUCCAUAACAAUUAAACAAGAAGAAGGCAAAAAAA